UUGUGCAAGUAUUUGUUUGUUUUGUUUUUACUAGGUAAUAUAAUGAUCCUUUUUAAAAAGUGGGAUGCCUCCACCUGACAGAUCGCCCUCACCAACUCUGAGUCCAUCAGCUCUGACAGUGAAGGAGGGAACCUCAGUCAGUCUGACGUGCUCGGCUCCAGCUUCCUUUUCCAGGAAAAUCGCCAAGUAUUAAGACCUUUUCCAGUUUUAUAAUUGAAGUCAGGAAGUCACUAAAAUCCUAUAAAAAGGAGGCAACAGGACCAGGGGGGCGGUAUACCAGCACACAAUAAAAUGGAUUUGAGGAUUCAACUUUGAUUGACAAAAAUUCAAAAGAAGAAAAUGAUUCUGAGUUUAGGUCUCUGCAUGUGUAGUUGUCUUUGUAAACAACUGCCACACCACCUCCACAGUGAAAGGGGCGGGGCUUACCGAUGACAGAAAGCCCGUCUAGACAGAGUUCUUUAAAUGAAAAAAAAAAAAAAACUCCCCCUCCUUCUGCCAAGUCUCCGUCAGAUACAUGAAGUCCAGCUCUUUUCUUGAAAAAAGUUCGUUCAAUGAGAAGGAUUUAUUGGAAAUAGAGCGGGUAUUCAGCAAUCCAAGCCGUAUUGGAGGUAGUGACAUCAUGAUUGGAGCGAUGGCCGAGCUCGCUGGGAUUCGUUGCAGGCACGAUGAGCGGUCACGUGACCUCCAGCUAGGUGUCCGCUGCUGUGGAAGCCGCGUGAACACCGGUGUAAACACGGAAGUACAUGAAGGUGGCGGGAUCCAGAGGAUAGAAUGCCGACAUUGCGGAGGCUCCAUAACAGCAGCCGGGAUAAUCCGAGCCGGCGAUGACAGCGGCGCGACCCCGCCGCUGAGAUCCUCCUGAAGGGGAAUCGAGCGCAGACAUCUUGCGCGUUUCCCAUACCGCUGGUCCGGGCCGGUAAUUCCCAAGCGUAAGGCUCGUCUGCACUUUACCUGGAGUCCAGCCCUAACACCUCUCUUUCUCUGCUUUCUACUUCUUCCUGGAGGUCGAGGUGGCAAACGGCAUCUAAUGAGCCCGGCUUGCAAACGAAUGGUGGAGGAAAUGUUUGUCUGUAGCCAGGGGCGGAGUGGGACAACUUUUCAGCCCGGGAGUUUAAUGGUCGAGACCGGCCCAUUUUUUGCCACAUGAAAAAUCAGCUUUUUCUUUAGUGAUACCCCAGUGAAACACAAAAUUAACUAAAAUACGAGGACUUACUCGAUCAACUAAAAGAGACAGUCUGAUGGACUUUUUUUUAGAAUGGAUGUGAGGGGGUAUCAUAAAUAACAAACAAAUAAUUAUAAUAAAAACUUGUGGUUUAACAGAUUUUUUUCCUUGUUUGAAAAUGUGAAUGAAAAGCUAAAUAGAAUUUUUUUUUAACAUUUGAAAAAACAUCACAAUAACUCCAGAAUCUACAACAUAAGUCACCACAUAAGAAGUGAACUAAUUUCUUCAACCGUAUUUGAUACUUUUUCACAGUCAGUGGACGUAAGAAUUUAUUUUUCUGUUGACAUGAGCAUAAAUGCCUCCAAGUGGUCCUGACUGAGCAUGCUCCAGCCUGUUUUAAUGAACUUCAGAAUGGAGACGGUUCUCUGACAUGAAACUUGAGAAAAUAAAAGCUGAUUGAGAAUGUGUAUGUCAGCCCAAUAUCUGUGUAUCCAUCUGUGAAAACAUUAUAUUGUGUCAGUAUUAGGGCUGAGAAUCUCAGAGUCACUCCUGAUAUGAUGCGAUUCACGAUACCAACAUUAUUGCAAAAUGGUAAACAUUGCAGUAAUCAAUACAUGACCUUAUGAUAUAUAACUAUUUUAAACACAAAUGUGUAUUUUUGUUUUCUUCUAAAUCUUUUUUUAGAAUAAUUGAAAACACAAUGUGUUUACACCCUUUUCAACAUUAAAAUAACAUUAUCAAUAAAUACUAAUGUGUCUUUACCAUAAUUACAUACAUUUCAAGGUAAUAAACAAACAAACAUAUUGUUCAAAUUCAAAUUCACUUUAAUUAAUUUUACAUUUUAUAUCCGACAAUUUGUUAUUGUUGAGGCAACUUAUGGAUUUUCAGCCUGUUAAAUAUUAAAAGAUCAUUGUUUUUAAAGUGCUGCCAUCUUUAAUUCCUCCUCCUUUCAUCAAAAUUUCCUGCACUUUUCCUUCAUAAUCAACACUUUAAUCACGUGCUCCACGUAUGUACCGCGAGCAUACACACCUGUUGGAUCAAUAACACAGCUAGACGUCUCACUUGGACGGUCAGACGCUGCACAUUGCUCCACUAGGAUCUGGUGUGUUUUUUUCACGGUGUUUGGACAGAUUACUGUUGUUCCCGCCCUUACAAACCAUGUUAUGUUACAUUAAAAACAGAUCGCUGUCUGCGUCUACUUUACAAAAAUACAUACAUAGCUCAGACCUUUUCGCUUGCGGCCGCUCUGCUUCCCACGUGUUCUCACCUGUGGAGCAGGGGGAGAGGAGCCCCGCCCCUCACCACUGCGGAGGAGCAGCGGAGAAAGUGACUCCGUGUUUGCGCUGAACCCGCGCUACUAUGUUUUAGACAUUUAGCCGCUCGUUCCGCUCGUUCCUAUAACCACUAUCGCUUCCUACACAUUUGUACUCGCUAAUCAUUCGUCUGGCCCGCGGCCGCUUCUCUGUCCAGCCCUAAGACCGUCUAAAUAGAGCGUGAUUCACGUCAAUGGUCCGGCCCAGACAUGUUGGUAGAAGCAAACUGGUGGACUCAACCAACUGUGAGAAUUUAAAAGGAGUGUUUAUGUUAAAUUGUAUCUCUAAAACUGACGGUGUCGUCUCUUAAAUGGAUGGACGAACAAAGUUACAAAGAUUCAUUCAUGUUCUACCAUGAAUAUUUUUUCCAUAAUGGCGACUGACCGGCCCAUGAAUGAAGCGGCCCACCGGGAAUCCUCCCGACUCUCCCGAUUACCCAUCCCAUGUCCCAGAGAGAAACUCCAUUUGGUCUUUGAUGUGAAGGAGAAACUCACGACCAUAGGUCCGCAAAGCAGAAACAUGGCUGGAAUUCAAACUAUAUUUACACUUCUUGUCAUCUGUCUGAUGAAGGGCUUUCUGUGCAUACAGACAAAGAGAGAGUUUAACAUCAUAAUACCAGAGACUGUUGAGGUUCUGACUGGAUCAUGUUUGACCAUCCCUUGUUCCUUUGAUAUAAGAAAAGAAUAUGAUGGGAAGUUAAACAGAAAUUGUAAAGGAACAUGGGUAGCUCCUGGUACCAAAACCACAAAAUUACCACCAGUUGACAAAAUAGGAAAUCUAACAGAGAAGAACUGCACUUCCACCUUCUUGAACAUGAAUUCUGAUCAUGCUGGUGAAUCUCAAUUCAGACUGGAUUGUGACAAUGAACUAAAAUGGACUUUUACUAAUCUGACUUUGACUGUUAAGCUCAUAGAUCGUCCUCCCUCACCGACUCUGAGUCCAUCAGCUCUGACAGUGAAGGAGGGAACCUCAGUCAGUCUGACGUGCUCGGCUCCAGCUUCCUGUCUGUCUCAUCCUCCAACUCUGACAUGGACGCCCAAACUGGCUGAUAGUCAGGAGACACUGAAGGAGAACCAGGAUCAAACCAAAGUCCAGAUCUCUGUUCUGAACUUCACUGCUUCACACCUCCAUCAUGGAAAGAGAAUAACAUGUACAGCUGUCUACUGGAAACAUGGAGGCUCUGGUGUAUCUGUUAAUUCAUCUUUAACAGCUAAUAUUAGAUAUUCCCCUAAAGACACCAGAGUUUCAGUCAGUCCUUCUGGUCCAGUACCAGUACACAGAAGUGUGAGUCUGACAUGUAUCAGUGAUGCCCGUCCAAAAGUAAAAAACUACAGCUGGUACAGAGAUGAUGGAGAACAGGAGAGUCUUAUUGGACAUGGAAGAGUUUUAAACAUCACAACAUCGAUUAGUUACAGAGAUUAUUUCUGCAAAGCUGAAAAUGAACUAGGACCUGGAAGUUCUAACAUCACUCACAUAAAUGUUCUCUUUCCACCAUGGAUCCGUCCUUUAUCCAAAUGUACAAAAGCUGGAAACCAGAUCAACUGUUCCUGUGAAACUGAUGGGAAUCCUGCUCCCAAUUUGAUCUGGUUGUUGAAUGGAAAAACAGUCAAUCAAUCGGAAACAACUAAAAUCAACACAGACUCUCUAAAUAAAACAUAUCUGAGGAGCAGCAUCAUUCUGAGUCUGUCACAGAUAAAUGAUUGCACUACAUUGAUCUGCUCCAGCUCUAACUACCUCGGAUCAACCAAACAUCAGUUUAGUUUGAAUGAUUUAAAGAUUCAGGAUGAAGUGUCGCUGCUUCUGAUUCUCCGUGUAACUGUUGUUUCACUGAUAUCAGUGUUUGUGUUGCUGAUUGUCAUCAGGUUUCUCUACAAGCGCCACAAACUCAAGAACCAGAUGAUAAGUGAAAUCAACACGAAUCCACAUCCACUGGUAGAUAGAAAUGAGGAAGCAGCAGAAGAUAAACUUGAUUUCAACACCAGUGAGCUGUGAGAAGAUUAUUCUCAUCCCUAAAUAUCUCUCAGCUUAAUCAGUGAAAAAUCAGAGAAAAUCAGAUUUUAAUUUUGAAAAGUGCAGUUUACUCCAGAGUGAACCAUCUAUUCAGCUCCUGAUACAUUUGUGUCUCAAAUAAGAUGUUUGUGUGUUUAGUUCAUUUUUUUUUUAUCUAAUUCUUGUUGAUCUAUUUUUCCAUUUAAAAGAAAUGUAUUGGUAUUCAUCAGAUGUGUUUUUGUCUGGCUUUUGAGCUGUUUUUAAAUGCAAGAUAAUAAAAUACUUUUCAAAUGUUAAAAUAGUUUCUUUUCAAGUCGACCUCUCUGUGAGAUAAUAUGAAAUUAUUUUCUUUUUUCCCCUUUAAAAAUGCAUGCACUAUUAAGAGAGUUAAAACCUCAUAACAUUAUAGAGUUCUGUUAUACACCUUUCUCUUGCAGAAAAAAAUGACAACAAAUGAGAUGAAACAUUCAAAUGUUGCUCAGCUUGUGGCGAAGUUUAAGAAAUCAUCAAUGACCAGCAAGAUUCUGGUGGUCAGAGAAAAAAAAAAACAGUCAGAAAAAUGUCAGAACAAAAAGAAAUCUAGUUCAGUGCAAAAACUAAAAACAACUAAAUAAUAUUGAAAAUAAAUCCCUCAGCAGUCCAACAGGAGAGAGCAGGUGGUCCUUUCUAGGUUACGAUUUGGACACACAAGUCUCAAUUACAGAGCAUUAAGAAAGCAUGUAAAUGGAAUAUGUAACUAUUACCACGAUAUGAAAACUGUAGAACAUGUCGUAUUGAAAUGUCAGUUGAAAUGUCACAAGGCCACAUUCAGAAGGCAGGUUGAAGAACUGAACAUUUUGUAGAAUAUUUAUGAAAUUUUAGAAUAAAAACACUGUUUUGUAUAUUUGUUCCAAUUUUUAAGAAAGACAAGCCUGAUGGGGAGAAUAUAAGGUGCA